UACGUUUGACGACAGUAAGUGAGGGAAGGAAUUGACAGAGAGACUUGAGGAGUAUUGAAACCGGAAUGUCACGCAGUAUCACUGCAACACUUGAAGCAGCUAGCAUCUGAAAACAACACUGAUUGCUCAAAUGGAUGUUUGAAGGAUGGAUUGAGAAUUGACCUUUGGGAUUACGGUGGAGAGGAAGAGGGAGAGUGUGAGUGUAACGCCUGCUUGAAAGGACAGGUAACUUAUUAACAGCAAGAAAGGAGCAGAGGGUAUACAACGCCUUGGCCUGCUGCAGAAACAGAAAAUGGAACCCUGCUUCACUGUACUCUCACUUUAACCACCUGAAAGCAGGCAGCUGUCACACAUACACACACACACACACACACACAUACACAGAUAUUGUGUCCUGCUGUCGCACACGCCAGAAGUCCAGGACGCUGUAAACAAGGAAGCACAGAGCUGACACGCGCCUGGAUCACAUGCCGACAAUCAGCGCUCGGCUGGCUUUGCUUAGGUAGUGGUAGACUAACACGCUCCAAGCUGUAAACAUGGAGCCCCUGGAGGAAUACCACUCUCCGUUUGACUUUGAACAAGGAGUCAACGCCAGCUACCUUUACCUCUCCCCGGCCUACAGUGACACGCCACCCAGCUCGCCAGCUGUUAAAGCCAGAGGUUCCCAGCAACAUCCGGACUCUAUCCCAGAGGUGGGAGAAGAUGCUGUGACGUCUGUGGGUCCCUCUUCUGCUACCCCCGCCAUGACAGAGGAGGAACAGCGGGAGCUACAAGAAGAAUUGGUCAAGGUUGAGGAUGAGAUCCUGACUCUGUCCCAGGUGUUGGCAGCCAGGGAGAAGCAGUUGGCAGACAUUAAGAGGAAGCUGGGCAUCACACCUCUCAAUGAGCUGAAACAGAACUUCACCAAAACCUGGCAAGAGGUCACCACCUCCACGGCCUAUAGGAGGACGUCUGAAACGCUGUCUCAGGCGAGUCUGAAGGCCACAGCAGCGUUCACCAAUGUGGGCUCAGCCAUCACCAGGAAGCUUGAGGAUGUCAGGAAUGCACCAACUUUCAAGUCAUUUGAGGAGAAAGUAGAGACUUUGAAGACCAAGAUGAGUCCAUCAGCGUCCACCAGUAACCCUGGCGAGCAGGACAACGCCAGCGACACCACCGAGUCUUUGCUCAGUCAGCCAGAAGGCUCGCCCACCCAGGAGAUAAACUGAGACUUGCCUGACCCCUCCCUCCCAACCUCCCACCCGCCUUUCCUCACUUGACCUUCUAACCCCUAGACCGUCAACACUCACCCACUAAACUCUUGUGUGCCAGUCUCCUUUUAUUGGAAACUAGUGACUUACCACAGCCUUUCUUAUGAUCUAAUUGUCUGGUCUUUUUUGUCUGACACUUGUGUUUGCUUGUUAUCUGGUGUGGAAACUGAAAGCACGGGAUGCAGGAAUGUGGUCUUGUGUCGAUCGUAUAUUUUAAUCUAUUCUGGCUCGCUGUAGGAGAAAUCCUCCCUGCUGUAUAACAUUCCUUUUCUCCUGUCCUUUACCUCAUGCACUCCUUAUUUCUCCGUCUUUGUCUAACCAGCAAAGCUCAGAUGCCAAACAUGCUCCUAGUUUAUUUUUUCUUUACGAAAUUAAAAGUUUACUUAUUUUGUUUCAGUGUAGAAAAUUGCACAAAUACAGAAAUAUUACAAACCUAUUUUCAAUAGUACUUAUUUUGUCUGCCUCUAUUUUGGGGCCAUUCAUGGUUUACUAUGGGUUUCCGUUUUCUUGGUGAUAUUAGUUUAGUCAAUCAUAAACACUAUGGUCAAAAUAUGAAAGUAUGUCUUUUUUGUGUAAUACAGGUACUAUGUUUUGUAACCACAGUACUAAGCCACUGAUACUAGUGUCACGGCUGCAGCCACAACUCCAAAGCUUAUAUUUCAAAACACACUUUAGAAUAAAAAUCAUCCCUUUUCCCAUUGUUAAGAAUCCGUCCAAAUCGUAUCUCCACGCUUAAAUAGUUACAGGAAAACAGCCAAGAUCAGCAGAACAUAGGCAGAGAAAACACACAGUCAAGGUUCAGCCUUGACCCGAGGUGAGAGCCAGAGUCAAUAUUUAAACACUUGUUCAUUGUUUCUGCCUUAGAGGUAACACCCAGUCUCUCCCCUUUCUGUGAUACAGAUAAAAGCAAAGCAAGAGACUGCUCUGGCUGUUAUUUUGUAACAACCAUUAGAUGGACUAUCAUGAGAUUUGGGGAUCCCUUAACUUUUCAUUCCAACACCAUAAUCAGGUCAACAAUCGUCCAAUAAUUUGGUUUAUGACUAAAUACCUGCAAAACUAAUGAUAUUCAUGUUUGUGCUAAUUAGCAAAUGUUAGCACGCUAACCUGCUAAAUAAAGAUGGUAAAUAUGGUAAACAUUAUUUCUGCUUACCAUCAGCAUGUUAGCAUGCUGAUGUGCCUAAGCACAGCCUUGUUUUGAAAGUUUCUAGGACACAUUUUCAAAAUCUGCUUCUUUUGAUAAUUGCAGGGUUAUAUACAGUAGGCUAUUUUCUGAAAAUGCUGCUUUCAUACAGACCAAAAACUGUUUUGAAUAUUAUAAGUAUAUAUAUAAUCAAUCAGCGUAGUAUCAACUGUUUUACAAUCUUUUGCUGCUUUACAUUUGCCUGGGAACCAGACGAAUCUGCAAGCUCAUGUUGUAGUUGCUCUGGCAACCCUGACCCUUACAUCAGCAGUUUGGUCUGCUUAUUUUCUGGUAUACUAUUAAACAGUUGCUCUCACCAUAGUUGUCUGAUAUGCACUGGGUGACUGUAGGACGAUAAAUUAAACGUGGCAAACAGAGCCAGUCUGAACACAGCCAAGGCGUCCUCUGGUACACAAAGGGAGGACACAGGGAUUUAACACAUAUUUCUAAAACUUCUCCUGAGCUUGGGCAGGAUCUGGACCAUUGGCUAAACACUUAAUCAUUAGUGAUGCAAUGUGCAACACAAACUGUGAAUCGGCAUCCCGAGAAGACACCACAUAUAGGCCGGGGGAUUUCUCCUGUUAACAUCUUAAUUUGACUCAUGAAACAACUGUGUUUGCUGGACAGAAAAUAGAUUUUCCGUAGUACAGUAUCUCAUGCAUCACAUCACUUUCCAGCCAUGACCUGGUUCACUGAGAGAAUUUAUUAAAGCCUUUUAUCUGGCAUGAGGGUUGUAUUUGUAUUUAGUCAUACAACACACAUUUGUUUGUUCUUCAAUUGGAACUGUGGAGCGAAGACAUGCUCUAAUUAAAAAUACCUCUGAAGUAACCUU